AUGGAACAUUGGAGCUGUCAAAUGUCGGGUAUGGUGCUUCUGGUACUGUUGUAUUUGGGUAAGUUGGCUUUUUUUCAAACUUGAACCUAGAGGAUCCUAGCCAGACCUAAAAAUUUUCGUUUUUGGUCCAAAAGUAAAUGGAAAAGCUUUUUUAAAAUAUUUGAGUGAAAAAUGAACUGCUUAGCAAAAAUUGCAAAAAAAAAUAGAUUUUUUAAUUCUAUAAACUUUUUGACCGAUCCAUUACUAAAAACACGAUUAAUUUAGUUUCGGUCGCAAGCUCGCUUGAAGAAUACACCACUUGUUACGUGUGUGCAGACUACGUUGGACUGGGCGGCUACGAUAAGAAUUGCUGGGAAGUGAAUAAAAACACCGAAAAAGUCGGAAGAUGUGACAAAACUACUUGUUUUACACUAUGGGGUCAUUUAAUGGAAAAAGGCGAAAGUAAGGCUUAAAGUAAAGUAGAGCUAACGUAUGGUAGGGUAGGGUAGGGUAGGGUAGGGUAGGGUAGGGUAGGGUAGGGUAAGGUAGGGUAGGGUAGGGUAGGGUAAGAGAAAUUAAGAGUUAAAUACAAUUAAAAGUAAUAUCUAAUUUUUAGAGGUACUAGCAGUAAGGCGCGGCUGUGAUUACCCGUUUCCGGUAAGUUCUAGUAAAAUCUUUCUAUUACUUUUUUGCUUUGUAAAGAAAGUUUUUGCCAUUUUUUGUUUUGUAAAGAAAGUUCUUGCCAUUUUUUAAAUUUCAGCCACACGUAAAGUGCGUGGAAGUUACAGAUUAUGCUUGUGCCAACAACCAUAAAAUGAACGGCACGCUGUGUAGAUGCUAUGGAGCGGAUUGCAACACUGAUCCGAAUCCCUUCACUACAACCACUACAACUACAACUACGACCACUACUACCGCUACGACUACUACUACCUCUACGACCACUACUAUCACUACGACUACCACUACCACUACAACUACAACCACCGAGUUCGAAUCGACUACUGAUCCCGACGCUCCAGUGGCAUCAACUAAUGACUGGUCGCUCUCUGUUUUCACUCUACUGAUCGCUUACUGUAUUUUCUAUGGGUUUUAG